GAUUCUGUUGCAUUUGUUUUUGGAGGGGGAGUCUUCGUCUUUCUCUCGCUCUCUGUGUUUCUUUCUCUGUUACCGUGUCCCUUAUUUUUGCGUUCGGUGUCUGUUGAUUCAAUGGCUUUUCUGAGAGAAUCGGUGAAGAAGAAGCUGGAUUUUGAUGAUUCGGCGUUACCAUCUUCGCCUUUCUCAUCAUCUUCUUCAGUUUCUUCGUCUGCUUCAUGCAUUUGGGAUGGUGGUGUAUAUGCAGAGAUGGUGGUGCCCAAAGAGAUUGAACUCGAGAAGGUGGGAGGACUGGAGUUCAAGUUGCAGAUCCCUGAUGUGAGGGCCGCUACUGCGAAUUUCUUCAGAUCUAGAGAAGUUGGCGAGUUUUUUAGUGGGGCCUUGUCAGGUGCCAUGACUAAAGCCGUUUUAGCUCCUCUUGAGACCAUCAGGACGAGGAUGGUUGUUGGUGUUGGUUCCAGGAACAUUGCUGGUAGUUUCAUUGAGAUUAUUGAGCAGCAGGGUUGGCAAGGACUCUGGGCUGGUAAUACUGUCAAUAUGGUUAGGAUAAUCCCGACCCAGGCCAUUGAGCUGGCCACAUUUGAAUGUGUAAAACGGGCAGUGGCAUCUACUAAAGAAAAACUUGAUAAAAAUGGAUGCCCAAAAGUACAGAUAGGUGACCUCAGGCUUGAAUUUUCCCUUUCUUGGGUUUCUCCAGUUGCUGUUGGGGGUGCAACUGCUGGGGUUGUAAGCACUCUCAUCUGCCAUCCUCUUGAAGUUUUGAAGGACCGGUUAACGGUAGAUCCAGAAGCUUAUACUAGCAUAACACAUGCUGUUAACAAGAUCUACAGAGAAGGUGGCAUUGGCAACUUUUAUGCUGGGAUUUCUCCUACACUGAUUGGCAUGAUUCCUUAUAGCACGUGCUACUAUUUCAUGUAUGAGACAAUGAAGAAUUCAUACUGCAAGGCUAAGAAUAAGCAAUCUUUGAGCCGUCCUGAGUUGCUUUUGGUUGGAGCAUUUUCAGGUCUCACUGCAAGUAGUAUCACAUUUCCACUGGAAGUGGCAAGAAAGCGCCUUAUGGUUGGAGCUUUAAGGGGUAGAUGCCCGGCCAACAUUACUGAAGCCUUGGCAGAAGUUAUUCAGCAAGAGGGUGUCAUGGGUCUCUACAGGGGCUGGGCUGCGAGCACCCUCAAAGUAAUGCCUUCUUCUGGGAUCACCUGGAUGUUCUAUGAGGCAUGGAAGGAUAUUUUGGUUCCAAGAGCUCCAGUUUAGAUGAAAUUGACGACUGCAGAGAAGUUGACAGAGAAUGCUGAUUUCCCCAUUAUUAUACGUGGGCAGUUCCUCACGGUGAAGGCUGCCUUGCUUGAGAGUUGAACUUGUACAGGUCAGCAGCUCAGUGGAAGUUGCUUUAUUGAGUCUAUCCUUUAUGUGAUUGCUUAAUUGUCCCAUUCAACUAGCGAGGGCCUAAUUUUUUCCUCUGAGGCGAGGCCGCACUUCUUUAUGAUAUUUUGCAGGUCUGGUCCUUCAGUUAUUAAGCAAGCCUGGGGUUGAUCAUCGAAUGCCCCUUCAUUCUAUUUCCUUGUUUAAAAUUUGUAGAUUACUGAAACUCUGAGGGCUGCCCUCAUCAGUAUAACUACUUGGUUUUCCUAAUCAAUUAAUUAGAUGCUACCAUGACCAUCUACUGCUUGCUAUCA